CCGUAAAUAAAUAAACAAACAUAUCGGAAAAAAAAUCAUUACAACCAAACGACAUAAAUAAAUGUCGCAACCGGAACCGAAUUCAACUUCUCGAGGGAAAACUCGAAGAGACGGAGGCAAACAAUCCUUGUAUAGACCAACACGGGACGAAAGAGAUCGCUCGGGUUAUAAUUCAGGCUAUCGUGGUAAAAGUAGACAAGCUGCUAAUGUCGAUGCUGCACCUCCUACAAUCCUUUUGAAAACAAGAGCCAACGAUACUCGAAGCUUAUCUCCUGUCCAACAGGUGAAACCUUCAGGAUCAUUGGCUAGCGGGGAAAAUUUAUCGAGAGAUGCAUUCAAGGUUCAUGCAAGAAAAGAUGCUUCAGACAAUACAGCUGUGCUUAAUAUGUCGACCCCAGUCAAAUUUCUCAGCGAGGAUUUGAUAUUUCAGGACUCUCUUCACGAUUUCCUUACCGACAAUUGUGAGUUUCUAGUCAUAGGUUGUGUUGGCCUACAGUGGUCUGGCAAAUCAUCUGUCCUUUCUCAUCUAGCAUCUUCAAAUUGUAGAACAUUUGUAAAGCAAACAGUUUUCUCUGUUGCAACGUCAAGCCUCCAAAUGAAAGGUUUAUCUGGAACAAUAGGACUGGAUGCCUUUGUAACUGGAGAUCGUAUCAUCUGGUUAGACUGCCAACCGUUACUUUCUGCAGCAAUUGCAGAAAGGGAAAUUGCCACAAAUUACAACAAAGAUGGAUAUAAGGAGAUUCAUCCAAAAUUGGAAUCAUCCUGUGUAGGAACAUCGGUGGAGGUAGAAUCACUGCAAUUAUUAUCAUUCCUCUACUGCAUAUGCCACAUCCUUAUUGUGGUGCAAGAUUCACUGGGAGAUCCAAACCUCAUCAGGUUACUUCAAACAGCUGAAAUGCUAAAACCAAAUUUGGCCAAUGAUGACACUGUUGCCGACCAUAUGCCCCACUUGGUGACGAUUUACAAUCGGGCGCAACCGAGCGAUCUUGUACCUGAGAUGCUGAAACAAACUCACAAAUUUUAUAAAAUGGCAUUUAAGAAAUCACGACUGCAGAUAUCAAGCGAACAGUUUGGUGAUUUGCAGAAAACUGAUGAAGCCAAUUUUGUUUCAUUACUUGAUUGGACAGCUGCCAACAAUCAAUGGACAAGCUAUGAGGAAACCAUUCCAUCUUUAAAAGCAAAAUUGCUGGCUCUUCCCAGACAUUCAUUUGGUCCCACCGGCCUUACUGAAAAAUCCUGGUUUUCCUUUGCCAUCAAAGCUUGGGAAGCAGUAAGAAAAUCCAUGUUGAUGAUGGAAUACGCCAGGUUACUGCAAUAAAUGAACCUAUUUAGCCGAUAACCAGAUUCAAAUAAAAAAGAAACUUGUCUGCA